AUUUUCUCGUUCUGCACCGCAAUUUCCUUGUGGCGUAUAUGGCAUAGAUGUUCUCUUCUGUGAUCUUUUAAACGUCCUUGUUCGAAAAUUCAGUACCAUUAUCAGUUAACAGCUCUUUCACUACGUGUCCAAGAGUCUGCUGCCUGUUUUAACUUGUCCUUGACUUCUGAUUAUUCCUUUUGAUAUGAAAACUGAACGAUACUACUGAACUCGUCUUUGAAAACGACAAAGAAGAAACAUCAGCGUUCCUGUUCCUGUCCUGUUACCCGGGCUAUUUAUGACCUCCUACCGUUUUCCGAGGCUCAAACGGUGCAUUUUUCCAAUUACACAGGUCUGAUUUCAAGUUGCCAUUGACGUCGAUCCCGUUUUUUUUUUCAGGAAGGUUAGAAUAUUUGUUCUGAUGAGUUAAUCUCUCAUGCCAAUCUUGUAAGUCACGUGUGUAAUCACUAUGUUCAUGAUGAACAGCCCAUUUGAUCUCUUGCAUUGAGCAACCAACGUACCCUUUAUCCAGGGGAGAAGUCAUAGAAUACAAAUUUUUAUCCACCUCCGGAACGAACCACACAUCCUCAAGAUAAGUUUUAUGGGCAAAACAUCUUAAAAGUGGAAAACCGCGUUGCACCGGAAUCUGCAAUCAAAACUUUGGGGGAAUCCACAUAUUUGACGAUAUCCGAUUGGCUAACAAACGCAGACCCUUCCUGAGUCUUCUCUGGCUUGUACUUCUUGGAAUUGUUACAGUCUCACUUAUAGUGGCCCAACUCACCACAUUUGUAACAUUUUGGGACAAACUUCUUUGACUUGUCGCAACUCUCACUGCCAUUACCGUGACCAUUUUCCUACUUGGGUUUGUUGAGGUGGAAAAAUAGGCAGCAUUCUCAGUAAAACUACUUGAAAAGCUUCUAUCAUUCUGCCGCUGCCCAACAACACCUCCUUAAGAUUAUCCAACGUUCGAUUUUCCUUAGUUGCUUCCUCCCAAGCAUGUAUUCGCCGUUUUUUUCUGUCCAAAACCCGAUUCAGGAACAGUGUCGAGUUUUCCUUGUCCUUGACGAUCGUUCACAACGAUAAUACUGGGCCCAUAACCUGAUGAUAGUUUUGGUCUUGGUAAACAGUUGUAAUGUAUUUAACGACAGUUUUCACUACCUGUUAUCAAUUUACUAUAACAUUGCUUAUUUGAUUUUUCCAUCAACAUAAUUAUUAGCUUAGGCAUGGAAGUAAUUCAAUUUGCACUCAAACAAUCUGGACGCGCCAUGUGCACUCCACUGAGGGACAAUGUUCGCCUGAAUUUGCCUCCAGACGUUCCAAAUUCCCUGCGAUGCUACGAUUGUAAUGUAAACUUUACUAGCGAACAUUACCUGCUCAGACAUCUGAUCCAUCACAUCAGACAGCCGACGGUGCUCCUUUCGAAACUAUCACCAGCGCCGAUAAAGAUUACCAUAAAAUCUAAGAAGAAUAAUAAUUUCGAAAUCAUUAAUUCCCCAACGGAAACGCCGAGUUAUCUGUUCAACUCGGAAUAUUUGGCCGAAGAGAGCCAGAUAAGUACGGGUACAGAUAACUCGGAACAAAACACCGAAGAUUCGGGCACGUUCAGUGCGGAAAACCUGGAGGAACACAACGAGAUGCUCGACGAAAUGCUCGAAAGCGCGAAUUUGGACGAGGCGGUGAAAAUCAGCUUCUCGCCGAAUUUCGCCGCGGACAUCAUGGAUAGCGGUUCGCCGCCGGUUAGUAGCGAGGCGCACGACAUGGAUUUGACGCCGACGCCUAUCAUCACCGAGGCCGAAGACGAACAGAAACCGCCCAACGAGUCGCCCUCUCCCACCGAAUAUCCGAAGAUACGUAUAAAAACGGGCCUGCUCAAAGAACCGCUGACCAUCACCGAAAUAACUGACGACAAUCCCAAUGGCGAAUACCGACCUUCUGAAAUUGUGGACAUAUCAAACAACAAUGAGAAGACUUCAGAAAAUACAAACUUUUGGACGUCGUGCCUAGAAGAUCCAUUGAAGCUCCCAGAUAGCGAUAGAGACGAUAGUAAUUUGUUGUCUAGCUUUUUAAAUAACAACAACGAUCAGGCGAAAGCCUUUGGUAUUACGACUGACAGCGAGUUUAUAUCUUUGGACCGUUUAGAUGACCGCAACCGAAAUGCCUUGCAAGUGUAUAAUCCAUCGACAUCGUCUGCUAUUUCGAACAACAGCUCUCUGGACAGUUUGGCUGGUUUGCCUAUGCAACAGUUAGCCGAACAGGUCUCACGAUUACAACCUUCCGGUAGUAAUGGGGGCAUGCACCAACAGAAUGUUCUGAUAAACAUACAACAGUUUCCACAGGUACCGCCGCCACAGCAGACGAUUCCAUAUCAACAUCCGCCUAUGUACUCGCACCCUCCGCAUCCUGGAAUGCCCGCUCAACCUCCGCCUUUAUAUCCCCCAUAUCAAUAUCAACCAAGUCCAAUGUACUAUCCACCUCAACCGAACUACCCUCCUCCCGCUCCCCACAUGCAAGCACCUCCCCAGCCACCUUCAAUGCAGCAACCACCUAGUCAACAAAUGCCACAGCCAUCCCACCCCCCUCAUCCUCCACAACAAUCAAUGCCCCCGCCCCAAGCACCGCAAUACAGGCCAGCAAUGCCAACACGAGCUCCCCCUCCCAGACAAUUUAAUCCGCAGUCGCAGCGCGGACCCGCACCCCGAACCCCCAUGGCACCUAGACAAAGAGCACCGAUGAUUCGAACUAGAGGAGGCAUGGUCCCCACUCCGGUGCGAGGGCCGCGUCCCAGAAUGCCCACAACUCCGACUCAAGUUAACGGCAACUCACAAUCGCAGCCGAGGGUAAUUAAGCGAACUCCGGAGCAAAUCCAAAGUUUGCAGGCGAAAAAGAAACGUAUUGACGUAUUGGUACCUGAUAAAAAUGACGACGCAGAUUGUCAAGUGAUCGCGGUGCAACCUAAAAACACAGAUGGUGGCCUACCCCAAAUUCAAAGUGUGCAGGGUGGUACAUCCGAUCCUACCGACAAUGUGAUGCACCUGUCCGAUUCGAUUACACUAUCCGUUCGAAAUCCACCGCCUCGACCGCAGAGUCCAAAAAAAUCGGACGCAAAGGUCGUCGCAAACAUACUGGCCACGCGCGGCAUCACGGUGACAGCGAGCGCGAAGCCGAAAGAAAAGCCCGCACAAACGAAGGAGGGAGCUCCUUCCGUAGCUAUCAACCUAAACAGUGCAGUUAGUAUUAUACCAACAGCUAAAAACAAUUCAAACCCUCCAUCCCCUACUAAAAGCUCGUCUGGUGAGAGUCGUCUGCCGACGGUAGAUUUGACAGACGACAGCGUUCCAGAGACACCUCGAUCGCCGAUCAAACAAAAUCCAAAUUCUCCACAAAAGAACGGUAGAGGCGCCGCCCUACCGUUUAGAUGCGACCUUUGCCCGGCGCAGUAUCCAACAUUGGGCGGGUUAAGUAAACAUCGCCAAAGUUACCAUAAAACUGGUUCUCCGUGCGAAAUCGGAAUACCGCUCAUUGACUUGAAACAGCCGGGUAUCUUACAGAAAUUAACUAAUUUAGGUAUAUCAAAUUACAUACCCAUGCCGAGCUCGACACCCGACGGUCACUUUGUCGUUCCGGUAGUAAAUAUGAAUGUAGCCAGAAAUUCGACAGUUUGUAAUUUGAACGCGUUAGGCGCAUCAUCACUUUUGACCAUUGGACCUGUUCGGUCCUUACCCAAACCUCAAGUAAACAACACUUCCAACCAUCAUCCUCCUCCUAAACAGUAAGACUUGUAUCGGAUUCAGAUCUGCGUGUACUACAAUUCCUUUGUGAUUUUAUUUUUUGUAAGUUAAGAAAGUUUAGAGACUGAUUAGUUUGUUGUGCAAUUAUUCAAAAAUUUCAUUUAGUCGAAAAUGUAUUCUGAUUUCAUUUCUCUUAGUUCUGAAAUGGCAUGUAUUUAUUGAUAGGUAGAUUAGAAAACUCGAGUUUUUCUGUAAGUUAAGUUUAUUAUUACUCGUUCCUUACCUUAAAUGUUAUUAAAUAACAAAUUUAUUUAAAUGAA